GCAUCGCGUGCCCGUAUCGCACGCGCGCGCCUGUGCGCGCGCCCAGCCUUCGCCGCCUCUCCUUUGUGCGUACGCCCAACGCCCAUCGCCUAUGCCUACUGCGCAUAGGCAUGCGCCCGCGUUAACCACACUCGCGCGCUCGCCGCGCGCCUCGCUGCCGCUACCCUUGCUUCGCGCGUCCUCACCACCCACGCAUGUGUUACGCACGCCCGAUCCUACCGCGCUAACCUCGCGUCCUCCUGCCCACUUGCGCGUGUCCCAGCCACAGCCCAGGCCCGUAUCGCCUACGGUGCCCCCGCGUACACCCGCGCACCCGUCCAUCUUGCGGCCGCGUUCUCCCCGCCGAACCCGCGUGCGCGGCCUGUCCGCCCACUCGUGCGCAUCAAGUGCCGAUGCGCACCUUUUGCCUUUUCGCUCCUUACUAGACUCGCCGGACUCCCAAGCCACUUCCGCUACCGUAGUCGCUCAGUUUCGCGACUAUCAUGCCGAAACGUUCUCAGGGCAGGGAGAUCCCCGCAUCGUUGAUGAAUGGAUUCAGGGCUUAGAGUUCAUCUUUGAGGUCAUGGACUGCCCUGAUAGAUAUCGCGUAGUUUGCGCUCAGCUUCAGCUCACUGGUGAUGCUAGGCUCUGGUGGAAUGCCUAUUGGAGCAUGCGUCCCGGUGAAAAAGCGGGUUGUACAUGGGACAUGUUCAAGGAGCUAGUCCGCGAAAAGUUCUACCCUUCCUAUUAUCGGGCAGAGAUGGAGCGUCAGUUCUUAGCGCUCACGCAGGUUACUCGUACAAUUGAUGAGUACGAGCGAGAGUUCACUAGACUUGCAGCUUUCGUACCAGACCUGGUUCGCACGGAGGCUCAGAGAGCGCAGCGGUUCAUCGACGGGCUUUACCCAGCAGUCCGUCAUAACAUCGUGGGACACGGGACUCAGACCUACGCUCGUGCA